CCGGCCACUCACCCGGAAGGAGAAGCCGAGACGGGUUAUGUGGUGGGGCGCUGGCGCUGUUGCUGCGGAGAGUAGGUGCUGCUCUCAGGAGCCAACGCAGAUCAUUUGUUGGCAGUACAUAUUGGCUGAAGUCAGUUUUCAUUACAAGAUGUUUUCUUCCAAUGGGCUUUUGGUGUAGGAUGUUGGAGAACCAAGAGCCGGAGGAGGUGAUCACUGUGCGUGUUCAGGACCCCCGCGUGCAGAAUGCAGGCUCCUGGAAUUCUUACGUGGAUUAUAAGAUCUUCCUCCAUACCAACAGCAAAGCCUUCACUGCCAAGACAUCCUGUGUACGUCGCCGUUACCGUGAGUUCGUGUGGCUGAGAAAGCAGCUACAGAGAAACGCUGGUUUAGUGCCUGUACCUGAUCUUCCUGGGAAGUCAACCUUCUUUGGCAGCUCAGAUGAGUUCAUCGAGAAGCGACGACAAGGUCUGCAGCACUUCCUCGAAAAGGUCCUGCAGAGCGUUGUCCUCCUGUCAGACAGCCAGUUACACCUCUUCCUGCAAAGCCAGCUCUCGGUGCCCGAGAUAGAAGCCUGUGUCCAAGGUCAAAGCCCUAUGACUGUUUCUGAUGCCAUUCUUCGCUAUGCAAUGUCAAACUGUGGCUGGGUCCAGGAAGAGAGGCAGGGUUCUUGUCACUUGGCUAAAGGAGACCAGCCUAAGAGUUGCUGCUUUUUUCCAAGAUCGGGCAGGAGGAGUUCUCCCUCACCGCCUCCUGAGGAAGAAAAGGAUCAUUUUGAGGUGUGGGCUCCUGUUGUUGACUCUGAGGCUCCUUCCCUGGAAAGCCCCCCUCUGCCACCCCCUACCUCACCAUCAUGCUGUGAUUUUGCAAGACCCUCUGAUCCUCAGCCUGUGAGGAGGUCCUUGGGAGGGGACCAUGCUGUGCCUUUGGAUCUGAGUCAGUUAGGAACAGUUUUGGAAAAGUGAACUCUGCUCUGAGCUCUGUUCUCUGAGGCGGACAGAGAGGAUGCAGACAAGGAGGUGCAAGCACCUGGGUGGGACCGGGCACAGGGCAGGUGCUGGCGGGGUUGGGCUGCUUUACAGUUGCCUCUGUGUGGGUUGGUUGCAUAGAGCUUGGUUGCGACGACUCCUCAAGCUUCCUCUGUAGAAAUAAACACUGUGCAGAUGUUUGUAAGUUAAGUGUAAGGUGCGGGGGCUGUUGGUUUUGAGCAGAAUCCCAUGUUUACUCUCUCAGGAGCUGAGUUUCUUAUGAUGUUUGUUAAUGGGCCCAGAAGCGCUGCCCAGGUGACUGAUUUCGGGGAUCUGUAAGUGGCAGAUGUUAAGCUGCCAUAUUGAAUAUUGUCCCGACAGAAUUGCUAUGUCGUUGUUUUCCCACGGGCUCUGUUUUGCUGCAGGCCCCAGAGCACUCUGUUUCUGGCAGGCUGGCCCCUUGCCUGCCUCCUUGCAUAGCCAGGGUGGUGAAAAUUUAUUCCCCCACCUCCUUGCUUUUCCUCCACUGGUCCCACUGAAUGGAAUGGUGCUGUGACGCCUGUCCUGGGGGUUUCCUGCAUAUCCCAGGACCUCAGCCUGGUUGUGUGGGGCCUGGGACCUACAAAGUAGGUUGUGCCCACCCAGGAGAGAGAAGUGGCUGUUCACAGCCAGAGGAAAGGCAAAUGGCUCCGGGAGCUUUGUUUUGGAAAAGGCUGGCCUGGCCUGUCACUGUUCCAUCUGGUUGUAAAGCAGAGACGCAACCAUCUUUUAUGCAGAGGUAGAACGGGCUCCUGUCUUUGUUGAAACAUUUUCUUCUCCCUCAGUGACAGCUCCCUGCCUCCAGGGCUUCAGCCGCUGCAGUGCCCCUCUGCUGUGUGGCAGGGAGGCCAUGCGCUCAGUCCAGUGGGGUGCAAGGGCUUUGUUUCUUUCUGGAGAGAGGACCUGGGGGUGGGGGGUGAGGAGCAACUUGCCUUCUUCCUUCAGACUGCGAGGCAUUCUGCCCUCCUACUGCCACAGUUCCUCUCCACUGAGAGCUGGAGUGGGCAGGAGCAGAGUGCUGCGGGCAUUCGCAUUGCUCUGCUCUUAGGUUUGUGUGUGGUUCCUGCCCCUCCUCCACCCGCUGGCUGCCCCACCUGUCUGUGGGCUCUUUCACUACCAGCCUAUGCUGUGGGACUGUCGUGGCAUUUAGUUCAGAGUUGAGGGGCUUUGGCCUGAAAUAAAAUUCAACUAUUUAA